UUGAAAUGAUUGCAGACACAUGCUAGUCGUCGUGUUUCUUAUACUCCCCACUUUCACUACUUUUUUUACCCCCUCUCUCUCUAAACACAACAUAUGAUUCUUCCUUCCACACCCACAAGCAAAUUACCUGUGACCACUGCACACUUUGCAACAUAACUCUCCACAAUCACAUACUAUAUAUACAUACAUAUAUCUACACUACACUAGACAGACACAGAGACAGAAGAAGAUGGAGAUGAUGCGGGAAGGAGGAUCGGCAGCGGGGGAGGGCGGCGGAGGAGGAGGGCGGCGGAAGCCCUCGUGGAGAGAGAAAGAGAAUAAUCGGAGGAGAGAGAGACGACGGAGAGCCAUUGCUGCUAACAUUUACAACGGUUUGAGAGCUCAGGGUAAUUACAAUUUACCAAAACAUUGUGAUAAUAAUGAAGUUCUCAAAGCCCUUUGUAAAGAAGCUGGUUGGGUUGUUCUUCCUGAUGGCACCACUUUUCGCAAGGGUUCCAGGCCACCAUUGCCUACUAUUGAUACUGGCAUGACAUCAACCAACACAACACCAUGUUCUUCGCAGAGACCGAGCCCGAUCCCAUCGUAUCAAUGCAGCCCGUCAUCCUCAUCUUUCCCCAGCCCGUCGAAUCUCGACAUGAACAGCAGCAGCCCGUUUGCGUAUCUGCAUAACGCAAGUCCGUCGUCACUCCCGCCUCUGCGCAUCUCGAACAGUGCUCCGGUGACACCACCGCUGUCAUCUCCGACUUCGAAGUGCCCCAAGCCGAACAAUUUCAACUGGGAGUCGUUUGCUAAGCAGUCGAUGUCCUCAUUCAAUUUGCCGUUUUUAGCAUCGUCUGCGCCUACAAGUCCUACGAGGUACCAACGGUUCACUCCUACGACUAUCCCCGAGUGUGAUGAAUCUGAUUGCUCCACCAUUGACUCGUGCCAGUGGGUGAGGUUCAAGAACUACGAGCCCAUGAUGACUAGCCCCAACUCGCCGACGUUUAACCUGGUGAAACCCAUGGCUGCAGUGGCGGUAACCAGCGACUCGGGUUCUGAUAAGGGGAAAGGGAUGGAGUUUGAGUUUGAGAACGGAGGGGUGAAGGCGUGGGAAGGCGAGCGGAUUCAUGAUUCGGAUGAUCUUGAGCUUACUCUUGGAAGUGGGAAUGCUAAAAUAUGAUGUGUGGUUUAUAAUUUAUUGUCAUCUACCAUUUUUAUAAAGAUUUAGAGGUUAGCAUACCAGUGAAUGUUGUUGAAUAUGCACAUUAAAUUAGUAGAAAUUAUGAGAAUUCAUUGGAUGUUUGAUCUAGCUAUUGCAGUAAAGUUGGUAUCUUUUCGACAGUUUGAUCCAAAAGUAUUAAUUGA